AUGAGCAGCCUUUUACUGGCCAUGUUCAUUCAGGAUUUUGCACAGACUCCAGGUCAGGUAGAUAACCAGUCUUACCAUCCCAAAGGAAAAUGCAUUGAUUCCUGGGCCUAUCUGGAGUUGGCUAACAGAUUUCCUCAACAGGCCUGGGAAGAAGCAUGGCAGUUUUUCUUGAAAAAAGAGGAAAAUUAA